GCAUCUCCUGUCAACAUGUCCUACACCUGCUGUUCUAGAAACUUCUCCUCCUGCUCCCUCGGGGACCACCUGCGCUACCCAGGCACCUCCUGUGGCUCCUCCUUCCCCAGCAACCUGGUCUACAGCGCUGACCUCUGCCCUCGCAGCUCCUGCCGGCUGGGCUCCUCUCUCUGCAGCCAGGAGACCUGCUGUGAGCCCAUCAGGACCCAGAAGUUCCGUGUGGUGUCCCGUCCCUGCCAGACGUCCUGCUACCGCCCGAGGACCCCCACGUUCUCCAGUCCCUGCCAGACGACUCUCCCUGGGUCUCUGGGCUUCAGGUCCAGCAGCUGCAGCUCCCUGAGCUCUGGAUCCAGAAGCUGCUACUCAGGGGGCUGUGGAUCUCGUAGCUUCAGAUGCCUGGGCUAUGGAAUCUGUGGCUUCCCUUCCCUGGGCUGUGGAUCCAGAUUCUGGCACCCAGUUAAUUUUCCCUGCCGAAGUUUCCAUUCAUCUUGCUACUGA